UAUAACCAACAAUCAAAGGUGUCGGAAAACGCCGAACAUGGCGGUCGCAGCAACGAAUUCGUUUGAUACCUGGUUAAGCACAAAAUUACAAGAAUUAAAUACCGACGAGGGUGUCUUCGGAUCUUACAUUAAAGGAAUAUUGGAAGGGGAUGAAACGGAGGAUGAAAAAGUCGAGGCGCUUGAAAGCAUACUUGCGGGCAUAACGGAAGAUAAUAUAAGCAAGCAUGUAACUGAAAUUCUAAGUGCUUGGGCAGAAUGGUUACCAAAAGAGACAGUUACCAGUCCUAAUGUUCCAGCUGAAGAUGUCGAUGUCAGAUUGGCACGUAUGUUGGAGUCGCAGAGUCUUCCAACUACAACUCAAAAAAGUUAUACGGAAGAAGAAAGACGAAUACGCGAAGCAAUAUUAGCACAGUACAGUCAAAUGUCCGAUGAAGAGGAUAGCGAGGGUGACGGGGAAGAGGAAGGUGCUGGUGGUGGUAAAGAAAUUGGUAUUGAGAAGAAUUUGAAUGCUGCUAAUAUAGUGCAACAAUUAAAGGAAAGGAGAGAAAAAGCAAAAUUAGAAAGUCAAAAAAAGAAAGAGAAAGAUAAGGAAGAUAGAGAGAAACAGAAGCAAUUGAAAGAUGAGAAGAAAGAAAAGCGCAAGACACAGAAGGGUGAGAGAAGAAGGUAGCACCGUUGUGAAGGAAUCGUAUUAUAUCUCUUUCUCAUUUUUAAAUAACUGAAUUUUCUCCAUUUACAAGCUGAUUUACUUAUCUAUAUAUAUAUAUAUAUUAUUUUUGCAUGCAAAAAUUUCUCAUUCAUUAAUUAAUAAUAUCUCUCGUUUAGUAUUAUCGUAAAGAUUUGAUAAUCUAUCUGAUGCUUCUUCGUUAAAAUAAUACGUACUUCAAUUAUUUUGUUUUCUACGGUAUAACUGUAAAUCUUUUCUUGACUUUUUGAUUUUAUUAAUCUAUUCUAUCUGUCCGUUGUAUAAUCUCUCUAUUUGUCUUUUUUUUUUUAUAUAUAUUUCCAUGUUGUUUCUUUUUUUUUCUUUUUCUUUCAACGUCGUCGUUCGUCGUAAUUUCGUAAUCUGGAUUAAAAGUUUAUAUUCGAGCAAUAUUUGAUAAUUUUGUUAAUUCUUAUUAGUUACA